GCAUUGCCGAUUGAUUUAUAUCCAGUCCAUAGCCCUCUCUCUCUCUCUCUCUCUAACUCGGCGAGGACGGGUGUGGUUUCAAAAUGCCGUUAUCGAGUGCCCCAACCACCACGAAGCUUCCAAUCGCGAUUCCUUCUCUUCCAUAUUAUCCAGAGGGUUUUAGGCGUAGAAGCUUCAAGAUUAAAAAGGGUUUGAACUUAUAUAGUCGGAAAAUCUCAGAAUACAACAUAUCUAGAAAGCUUGAUUUUGUGACCAAUUCAAUUUCUGGCAAUAGUGAUACUUCAGUUGGAUUUGAUCCCUUUCCUAGUGAUUAUUCUCAACUUCUUGAACAAGCGAAAGAAGCAACUGAAUUGGCUUUGAAGGACAACAAAAAAUUGAUGGAGAUUGAAUUUCCAACUGCUGGACUCGAAUCUGUACCAGGUGAUGGUGAAGGUGGUAUAGAAAUGACUGGAAGUAUGCAAUUAAUUCGUGAGUUUUGUGACCUCUUCAUCAGUCCAGAAAAAGUUACACGGACCAGAAUAUUUUUUCCGGAGGCCAGUGAAGUCAAAUUUGCUAGAGAAUCAAUUUUUGGAGGAGCUUCAUUUAAGUUGGACUAUCUCACAAAACCUUCAUUAUUUGAGGAUUUUGGUUUUGUCUCAAAAGUUAAAAUGGCUAACCGUGUGAAGGCGGAAGAUGAACUGUUCCUUGUCGCCUAUCCAUAUUUUAAUGUCAACGAGAUGCUUGUGGUAGAAGAGCUCUACAAUGAAGCUGUUGCAACCACUGCCCGAAAACUGAUUAUAUUCAAUGGAGAACUUGACCGCAUCAGAUCAGGGUAUUAUCCAUCAUUCUUCUAUCCAAAGCUAGC